AUGCAUAAUGUUCAAUAUGGUUAUCCUUCACCACCGGCUUCGCCAGCCUACGACAACAAGUGCGCUUACCAGCAGCCCCAGUUUGUCUCCAAUGUCUGCCAACCCCGGUACAUCCCCGUCGCCCCAGAGGAAAGACUAGGCAAGUUUCUCGGCGAUAGCCUCCAGCUUGUGGGGAUCAUUGGCACCGGUGCCUACGGUGUGGUCUAUUUGGCCUUGGACGUCAAGACUGGUAUCCAGUACGCAGUCAAGACACUCAGCAAGUACAAUGCCGAUGGCACCCCCUUGGACCGCCGCCAAGUCGCUUUCCAGCAUCAGGAACUCCGCCUCCACUACCUGGCUUCCGCCCACCCCAACGUUGUGUCCAUGCACAAGAUUGUGGAUGAUCCGGAUUGCAUCUACGUUGUCCUCGAGUACUGCCCGGAAGGUGACUUGUUCCUCAACAUCACCGAGCGCGGCCAGUAUGUUGGCAACGAUGAGCUCGCCAAGAGCGUCUUCCUGCAGAUCCUGGAUGCCGUUGAGCACUGCCACACUCUGGGUGUCUACCACCGCGAUCUCAAGCCGGAAAACAUCCUUGUGUCCAACAACGGUGCGACUGUGAAGCUUGCCGAUUUCGGACUUGCCACUUCUUCCGAGCGUUCUGAGGAUUAUGGAUGCGGUUCAACAUUCUACAUGUCUCCAGAGUGCCUCAACCCCUCUUCACGGAGACCAUUCUACUACUGCCCCCCAAAUGAUGUUUGGAGCCUGGGAGUCAUUCUGGUCAACCUGACCUGCGGCAGGAACCCUUGGAAACAGGCUUCUGUCGAGGACUCAGCAUACCGUGCCUUCGUCACCGACUCUGACUUCCUGAGGACCAUUUUGCCUCUGUCAGAUGACUUGAACCACAUCCUGGGACGGAUCUUCACACCCAACCCGGACCAGAGAAUUACGUUGAGCGAGCUUCGCAACGCCAUCCUGGCUGCUGCGUCGUUCACCAUUCCCCCACCACCGCUGCUUUCCAGCCAUUGCCUACUCCCGUCGCCUCCCCCGAGGCUUCGGAGUACGUUGACUGUGAGGAGGCCAUUUUGGAUGAUCUGGACGACGCCGCCUCCCUGGCCACUUCAGACUCGGACUCUGACUGUGAGUCAACAUGCUCAUCAGAUGAUGGCUCCCUCAUCUCGAGCUGCUCCACGAUCGACGAGGAGGAACUUCUCGAUGAGGCUCCCUCUCCCGUGGGUCACUUGGCUGUUCCGGAGCAGCAAUUCUUCGACACCAAGCCCUACUUCCAGGAGUUUGUGCCACAAUAUGGCCACCCCGUGCGCGCUGCCCACGUGCCUGAGCCUUGCCACUUCCAAGCACCCGCGCCGAAGGCCGCAUUCAGUUUUUGGGAUGUCGUGA